AUGAAUUUUCAUUUAAAUAUAUUUGAAGAAAUUGAAGCAAUACUAGAAAAAUGUAAUAAUGAAACUUACUUAAAAAUUGUUAAAAUAAUAGAUUACGUUGUAAAAAAUUACACAGAUACAAAUAAUGAAAUACAGAAAAAAAAUGUUUUAAAAAAAAAAAAAAAUAAAAAUAAUAUAAAUGAAAGUAAUAGUAUUAAAAAUUAUUUUAAAGUUCUAAAAAAAGAAUCUACUAAAAUUACUGAUGAUAAUGUAGAUCAAAAAAAUGAUUAUAAUAGUAUAAUUAAAAAAAAUUCUGUUUCUAUAAUUAAUGUUUUUUUUUUCUAUGGAAACUUUAAUGUAGUGAUAAUUAUUUAUUAUGUAAUAUUUAAAUUGAAAUUAUUUAACAGUGAUCUUUUUAUAAAUGACAACACAAAUAAUGAGGAUUAUAUUAUUUAUAAAAAUAAAAAUAUAAUACACAUAAUGUGCUCAAAAUUAAAUAGUCAAAGUCUAAAUGGUAUAAAUGAGAUUAUAAAUGAAAUACUAGCUACUAAAUUAAACUCAUUUAAAAUAUUCAUACUGGAAUCAUUUGAUAAUUUAAACGAACAGUAUAGAAGAAUAUUUAUGAAUAAAAUAACAAAAAGCACAAAUUUAAUAUUUAUUCAUAGUUCUAUAUAUUUAAACGACAUUUUUUUAAAUAAUUGCUUAUAUAUUAGAAUUGCAAAACCAAAUAGGAUAUCAUUCAAUAAUUAUAUAUUAUCUAUGAUAGAAAAAAAGUAUAAAAUAAAUAAUUUUAAUGAGAAAAAAGAAUAUUUGCUAAAUGUUUUAAAAAAUUGCAAUUUUGACUUAACACUAAUACUAACUAUAAUUUAUUUAAUUCAACUUAAUAAUUUUCCUGAUAUUAGUAAAAUCAUCAAAUUAAUUGUAAAUACAAAUAUAAAAAAAUUAAUUAAAAUAAUUCAUAAAUGCAUCAUCUCUAAUAAUUGCUUAUUUUUAAUUAGAAAUAUUUUAUACAACAUAUUAGAAACAUAUAACUUUGAUAUUCAUACAUUUCUAAACACUCUCUGUAAAAAUUUAACUUCUUUUCAUAAAAAUGAUGACAAUUAUAAAAAAGAAAUUUAUUCAUUAUUUUCAGAAUAUAGUUAUUUUUGCUCAUUACAUGAUAAUCAUAUAUGUUCAUUAGAAAAUUUAUGUUCAAAAAUUAUUUUGAUAGAGAAGAAAUACGUAAAUACAUUAAAUGAAAAAGAUAUUAUGGAAGAAAAUAAUGAAUUAAAUAUAAACUUAAAUAUGAUAGAAUAUAUUUAA